AUGCAAGAUGCGGAUUACAUACCAGACGCGUCGCACGCGGCUCUCCAGAUGCCUGAGAUGAGCAAUGGAUCAACUGGAGGCUCCAUGCUCCCGCCGAACGUGGAUAGCAUCAUCAUCAAGAAUCACUUUCCGGUCGCGCGCAUCAAGCGCAUUAUGCAGGCCGAUGAUGACGUCGGAAAAGUUGCGCAGGUCACACCAGUAGUUGUCUCGAAGGCUCUGGAGCUUUUCAUGAUCUCUCUCGUCACCAAAGCAGCCGCCGAGGCCAAGCAGCGCAACUCGAAACGCGUCGGCGCAGUCCACCUGAAGCAAGCCAUAGUCAAGAACGAACAAUUCGACUUCCUCAACGACAUUGUAUCGAAGGUUGCCGACGCGCCCGAGAAGAACGAGGCUGAUGCGAUGGACGAUGGCAAAAAGAAGAAGGCGACUCGCGGUCGCAGAAAGAAGGCAGAUGAUGACGACGACUUCUGA